AAGAAGUCAGGCACCCUCCAGUUCCUACAGGCAAAAGGGCUUGCUGUGCUGAUCAUCUGGGGUGUGUUUAAUUGCAAUGUACCUUGUAAUGAUUCCAGCUCUUGGCCCCAGAACGUGUGUAGCUCAUAUGUGCUUCUUGUCUCCUCCCACAGCAACCCUCCUUUGAGCGAGGAGAUGCUGCCUCCAGGGGAGUGGAUGUGCCAUCGCUGCACUGUGCGCCGGAAGAAGAGAGAGCAGAAGAAGGAGCUCGGACACAUGAACGGUUUGGUUGACAAAUCUGGGAAGAGGACCUCGUCUCCCACCAGUGAUGCCGACUACUUGGACCGGGCGGGCGGUGGAAGCCUCCGAACGCUUCCCCACGCUCGGCUCUUGGAGCGCAGAGCAAGCCGGCCCGGCACCCCGACAUCCAAUACGAGCACUGAAACCCCCAACUCGGAGCAGAACGACAUGGACGAGGACAUAAUUGACGUGGAUGAUGACUCUGCCCCUGGGGCAGAAGCUGAGGGCGGGCAGCCCCACCUGAAGCGGCCCUUUGAGUUGCUCAUCGCUGCCGCCAUGGAGAGGAAUCCCACCCAGUUCCAGCUGCCCAACGAGCUCACCUGCACUACGGCCCUGCCAGGUACUAGUAAGAGGAGAAGAAAGGAGGAGACCUCUGGGAAGAAUGUCAAGAAAGCACAGCAUGAGCUGGACCACAAUGGGUUGGUUCCCUUGCCGGUGAAAGUCUGCUUCACGUGCAGCAGGAGUUGCCGAGUAGCCCCUCUCAUCCAAUGUGACUACUGCCCUCUCCUGUUCCACAUGGACUGCCUGGAGCCCCCCCUCACAGCGAUGCCGCUGGGCAGGUGGAUGUGCCCGAAUCACAUUGAGCAUGUGGUGCUGAACCAGAAGAACAUGACUCUGAGCAACCGGUGCCAGGUGUUUGACCGCUUCCAGGACACCAUCUCACAGCACGUGGUGAAAGUGGAUUUCUUAAACCGGAUCCAUAAGAAACACCCACCCAACCGCCGAGUGGUCCAGUCAGUGAAGAGGAAGGGGCUGAAGGUCCCAGAUGCCAUCAAAUCCCAGUAUCGGAUCCCACCAGCAUUGAUGGCGCCUGCAGCCAUCCGAGACGGGGAGCUAAUCUGCAACGGAGUUUCCGAGGAGCCUUUACACAAGCACCCUGGCAACGCUUCCCAGCACUUAGCUGCCCAGUCGGAACAGCAAGAGUGGCUGUGCAGCAUCGUCGCCCUGCAGUGCAGCAUCCUGAAACACUUAUCUGCUAAGCAGGCGCCUUUUCCCUGGGACUCGGAGCAGGUGGAAAAGGUGGACGUGAAGCCGGUGCUGGCGGCCGGCGGGUCCCUCACCAGUCCGUACCAGGCAGCUGACAAGCCGAACGCCCCUCCCAAUUGCCCAGCCUCUUGCACCUCUGGGCUCAUCCCCCAGAACUCCUUGCAGGACGAGACCCCAUACCCUUCCUGCGCGGACAGGCCCAAGAAAGCCUCCCCCUGUGGGACAUCUAAUGGCCUCAGCAGCACUGCAGAGGUGAAAAUCAACGGCCCCAGUUUCUACGGCGAUGUCUCCACGCCGGCCUCUCCCAGGCUGAGCGGGCAGGGCGGGGCAAUCCCCGGGUUGUCUCAUCGUCAGCAGCCCUGGCCCAGGCCCACCACC